GAAUGGGCCACUGAGAAAGACAAAAUAAAUAGAGACACUUCAUAAUUUCAUUUCAAUCCAAGCAACGGGAGAUCAAUAGUUAAAUAACCAGAAUGAAUGCGUUUGGUGAGUUCUCUGUCAUAGGCGCCAGUGCUUAUCACAUUUCCGAGUUGACGCCUUAUUUUUUAUUUGGUACUCCGUGCGCUGGACUUCCAGUUUAUAAAAAGUAUAAAUACUAUUAGAACUUGAAAUUCUGUAGUUGUUAAGGCAUUUAUCUCAUGGAGCGAUGCAUUAAUCGUCUCCCUUCACAAAGCUCAGCUAGAGUCGUCAGGUCAUACGGAAUUUCCAACCAGAUUGUUAAGGCCAGAGAUGUAUCCGUUUCUUUGGGGCUGGCUGUGGACAAGGUUGGAUCACAGCACAAUCUUUUGAGACUUGGUUGUGGAUCAAUUGUGCCUUUCAACCAGAAGAGAAAACCAAAUGAAUAUUUCAGCCUUGGUUUUCGGCAAAUGAGAUGUACUUCUGACGCUCAACAAAUAGUCGAAGUAGGGGGUUCGACAUCAAAACCAGAAACGUCUGUUUUGGAUAGCAGCUAUACGGAGAAUGGGCUAGAACUCGUCAAGUCUUUUGAAGGCGCGGACAAAGAAAUUCUUGAAGUAUCACUGAGAAGAGAUCCGGUUCCAGAUGAACUAAAAGGUCCUGGUGGGCUUGAGUCUGGACCUUCGCCAAAUGGCAAUGUACAUGGAUCCACGCUUGCAGAGAGAAUGGAAAAUGGGAAUAAGAACAGGGCAGGGACAUCCCAUUCAGCUGUUGGAGAUCGUGUUCAAAUUGGGGAACACGUGGAGAUGGAACGGGAAACUUCAAAUAUUGGAUCCCGUCCAGUACUAAAUGGGUCAGAGAAAGGAGAAGUUGAAGUUAAGGGUAUAUGGCAGCAAAUGAAAGAUAUUAUAGUUUUUGCGGGACCGGCUCUUGGGAUUUGGUUGUCUAAUCCUAGUAUGAGUCUCAUUGAUACUGCUGUUGUAGGCAGCUGUAGCUCUAUGGAACUUGCUGCUCUGGGACCAGGCACAGUCAUGUGCGAUCAGUUAGGUUAUAUCUUCAUGUUUUUAUCCAUUGCGACAUCAAACUUAAUUGCAACAUCUCUUGCAAACAAAGACAGGACUAGUGCAGAGAAACAUCUGUGUCGUUUGCUUCUUGUUGCCAUGACUUGUGGAAUUGGAAUGUUUUUCUUCAUAGAAUUAUGUGGGACAUCAAUGCUAAAAGCCUUUGUUGGGGUAAAAAAUUAUGCUUUGGUUCCUGCAGCAAGAUCCUAUGUUGGGAUUCGUGGUUAUGCAUGGCCAGCUUUACUAGUUGGUAUGGUUGCUCAAAGUGCCAGCUUGGGUAUGCAAGAUUCACGGGGGCCAUUGAAGGUGUUGGCAAUAACAGGUCUUAUAAAAAUUGUAGGUGAUAUUUUGUUAUGUAAAUUUCUUGGAUAUGGGAUUGUGGGAGCGGCAUGGGCUACAACAAUCUCCCAGAGCAUUGCAGCACUUUUUAUGCUGAAAUCUCUCCAUCACAAGGGGUACAAUCCCUUUGCAAUAGUAAUUCCUUCUAUUGGGGAGCUAAUGAAAAUUUUUCAAAUCGCUGGUCCUGUACUCUUAACGAUGAUGUCCAAGAUGGCAUUUUACACGUUUAUUACCUAUCUGGCUACUUCCUUGGGAGCGGUUACUCUUGCAGCACAUCAAGUUAUGAUUGGUGUUUAUUCUCUGUGCACUGUAUCGGGAGAGCCUUUGGCACAAACUGCCCAGUCAUUCAUGCCUGAAUUUAUUUAUGGAAUCAACCGUAAUAUAAGAAAGGCACAGAAAUUGCUAGAGUCACUGAUCAUCAUUGGAACAAUAUUUGGCCUUUCAUUGGGAUUUUUAGCUAGCACAAUGCCAUGGUUCUUCCCCCAGAUGUUUACAAGAGAUGCAGCCAUCAUCAAACAGAUGCAAGGAGUAACACUGCCCUUCUUUUUUAGCUUGAUAAUCACACCGCCAACACUUAGCCUAGAGGGAACAUUAUUGGCAACAAGAGAUUUUAAGUACUUGAGCUUCAGUAUGGUAUCAUGCUUUUGUGGAGGCUGCAUUUUUCUUUUGUUAUUGAAUAACUUCGGUUUUGGGCUGGUGGGAAGCUGGUGGACACUUGUAGCCUUUCAAUGGGGUCGUUUUGCUCUUGCAUUCUUAAGGGUGGCAUCUCCAAAAAGUGUGAUGAUGGAAGUGAUAGAACAGUUUGAUUGGUUCAAGUCUAAGAUCCAUUUGAAGGCUAUCUAAGGUGUUUUUUAAUUAUCUAACCAUGAACCAAUGUGGUAGGACCAAGAAGGGGUUAAUAUUCAAGUCCUUUAUUUCAAAUGUAUUUACAUAAAAAAACACGAAUCUACUUUAAUGAUUUCAUAUGUAAAAAUUGCAUCGAUUUUUUAUUUAUUUAUAAAAAAUAGUCUCCAUAUCAUAGCUAUUUUGCA